CCCGCGGGCGAUCGCUCUCCGGCCGUCUCCGGGACCCCCGGACCCGCACGGCCUUUGGUCCGGGCGGGGGAGGGAGAAAGUGAGACUCGGUGUCAUCAGCAUCCAUUGUCAGGAGGGGAAGAAAUUGGAAUCCAGCAGCGGCGAGCAGCAGCUGGGCGGUCACAUCUGGGAAUGCAAAGCCGACCUCCCCCUCCUCCUCCUCCUCCACCACCUCCUCCUCUCUCACCCAGGAUCACUUCCGAAACCACUUCGCCUUCAGCCCCUGCCUCGGCCAGAGGGAUUUAUUUAAUGGGGAUGUGUUCAAGGCAAGAGCGAAUUCAGAAGGAUAUCGACGUCGUGAUCCAGAAGUCCAGAGCUGAGAAGGACUGCCUGUUUGCAGAUUUCAGAUACUCAGACUCCACCUUUACUUUCACCUACGUUGGCGGCCCCAAAAGUGUGUCCUAUUCAGUACAUGUAUCUGAAGAUUACCCAGAUAAUACGUAUGUGUCAAGUUCAGAAAAUGAUGAAGAUGUAUUAGUUACUACAGAGCCAAUUCCAGUAAUUUUUCAUCGAAUAGCAACAGAAUUAAGAAAGACAAAUGACAUUAACUGUUGCUUAUCCAUAAAAUCCAAAUUACAGAAGGAAAAUGGGGAGGAGUCAAGACAAAAUAGUACGGUGGAAGAAGAUUCUGAAGGAGAUAAUGAUUCUGAAGAAUUUUAUUAUGGAGGACAGGUGAACUAUGACGGGGAGCUGCACAAGCACCCCCAACUCGAAGCUGAUUUGUCGGCAGUGAGAGAGAUAUAUGGGCCACACGCAGUUUCUCUCAGGGAAUAUGGAGCCAUUGAUGAUGUAGAUAUUGAUCUGCAUAUUGAUGUUAGCUUUCUUGAUGAGGAGAUUGCUGUGGCAUGGGAAGUGAUUCGAACAGAACCUAUAAUUGUCCGACUACACUGUUCACUUACACAGUAUUUAAAUGGCCCAGUGCCCACUGUUGAUGUCUUUCAGAUUUCCACAAAAGAGAGAUUUGGACUGGGACAUCAGCUGAAAAAAAUCAUGCAGACAUUUGUUACACAGCAGUGGAAACAGAGCAAAGAAAAAUCCAGUUGCCUGCACAAUAAGAAGCUGUCAGAGAAGAAAGUGAAGUCUCCCCUGCAUCUAUUUUCUACCUUGCGCAGGUCGCCAAGUUAUCCCCCCCCUGGUUGUGGAAAAAGCAAAUCCAAACUGAAAUCGGAGCAAGACGGGAUCUCCAAGACGCAUAAGCUGCUGCGGAGGACUUGCUCCAGCACAGUCAAGACGGAGGACGUGUGCGCCCCGAAGCCACACAGGACCUUCGGUCGCUCGCUGUCCAGCGACCCCCGGGCUGAGCAGGCGGUGACGACCAUUAAGUCGCACAAACUCUUGAACCGUCCCUGCCCUGCAGCCGUCAAGCAGGAGGACUGCCUCGCUCUCAAGUCGCACAAACUCUUGACUCGCUCUUGUUCUGGAGACCCGCGCUGUGAGCACAACGCCAGCCUGAAGCCUCACAAACUGUUAAGCAGGUCUUAUUCCAGUAACCUCAGAAUGGAAGAAUUAUAUGGACUCAAGAAUCACAAGUUGCUCAGCAAGUCUUACUCCAGCGCCCCCAAGUCAUCCAAAACGGAGCUUUUCAAGGAACCCAACGCAGAGGGCCGGAGGCUCUCUCUUACCUCAGGGCUCAUUGGUAUCUUAACACCAUCAUCAUCUUCAUCUUCCCAGCCUGCUCCAAAUGGUGCCAAAUGUAUUCCAAUACGAGACCGUGGCUUCCUAGUGCAGACAAUUGAGUUUGCUGAACAGCGGAUCCCUGUGUUGAAUGAAUACUGUGUGGUUUGUGACGAGCCACAUGUGUUUCAAAAUGGCCCCAUGCUUAGGCCUACUGUGUGUGAACGAGAGCUGUGUGUAUUUGCUUUUCAAACCCUGGGAGUAAUGAACGAAGCUGCUGAUGAAAUAGCAACUGGAGCUCAGGUGGUAGAUCUACUAGUAUCCAUGUGUAGGUCUGCAUUGGAAUCUCCUAGAAAAGUUGUCAUUUUCGAGCCAUAUCCUUCUGUGGUAGAUCCUAACGAUCCUCAGAUGCUGGCCUUCAAUCCAAGGAAGAAGAACUAUGAUCGAGUAAUGAAAGCAUUGGACAGCAUAACUUCUAUUAGAGAAAUGACACAAGCACCGUAUCUGGAAAUCAAGAAGCAGAUGGAUAAACAAGACCCCCUUGCUCAUCCCUUACUGCAAUGGGUUAUUUCAAGUAAUAGGUCACAUAUUGUGAAACUGCCAGUUAACAGGCAACUGAAGUUCAUGCACACUCCCCAUCAGUUCCUUCUUCUCAGCAGUCCACCAGCCAAAGAAUCCAAUUUUAGAGCUGCUAAAAAACUCUUCGGAAGCACCUUUGCAUUUCAUGGCUCGCACAUUGAAAACUGGCACUCCAUCCUGAGAAAUGGUCUGGUUGUUGCUUCUAAUACACGACUGCAGCUCCACGGUGCAAUGUAUGGAAGUGGAAUCUAUCUUAGUCCAAUGUCAAGCAUAUCAUUUGGUUACUCAGGGAUGAACAAGAAGCAGAAGGUGUCAGCCAAGGAUGAGGCAGCUUCAAGCAGUAAAAACAGCAACGCAUCACAGUCACAGAAAAAAGGACAGCAAUCCCAGUUCCUGCAAAGCCGUAACUUAAAAUGCAUAGCCUUAUGUGAAGUGAUCACCUCACCUGACCUGCACAAACAUGGAGAGAUAUGGGUCGUCCCAAAUACUGAUCAUGUCUGCACACGAUUCUUUUUUGUCUACGAAGAUGGCCAAGUGGGAGACACAAAUAUUAACACACAAGAAGGAGGCAUUCACAAAGAGAUCCUUCGAGUAAUUGGUAAUCAAACUGCUACUGGUUAAAGGACCACCAUUUAAUUAACAUGAUUUGAAAGCCUUCCUCGGGUUCAAAGCUGGAUUUUGAACUGAAGAAGAUGAUAAAAUAAUUUAUUGUUAUUAUAAACAAAAUUAACCCUUUGAAUACUGAUUUUUUUCUUAGUAUUUCUAAGUUUCUCAUUAAAUACCUAAAAUGGUAUAAAAUUUAUCAAUUGUAGGGUUAUGGAAUCUAGUAAUAAAAUUACAACAGCACUUAAACUGAAGUUUGGGUUCCUCACACAAUAAACAGAUUGAAAAAACAGUUUCGUGCUGAUAUUUUUAUAUUAAACUCUUUAAUUGGAAAUUUGGUAUUAUAUACCGACAUCUUAGGGUACAAAAAUAGAACUGAAAGCAUUUUAUAAUGGCAUCUAAAUCUAUAAGAUACUUUGCAAUAAGUGUAAUGUUUGCACAUUCUGAUGUGCUAUAUAAUUAGCGGUAUGAACAUUCGAAUGUUUUGGGGAGGGAUGUUUCCUAAUCUGUUACUUUUCCAUAUACAAAAACAAUUAGGUCUUAGAUACAGUGCGUUGCCCAAAAGUAUGUAAUAUACAUAUUUAUAGAUUCAUGCAUCAAAAUGUAUGAUCGUGCAUAUAUGUGUGUAUGUACACAUACAUGUAUUUUAACAACAGAGAUGGCACAGCUCCACAAUUCUGUUCUCAUUCAAUGGAAAGAAAAUAAUGUUCAGUAAGAAAAUAAUAUUCUCUCUGGACAUAGACCAAGAUAUGAGCCAAAUUCACCACUGCUCAUUCACUGAAAAUAUUUGCAAACAAGUUUUCUAUUUGUUUAAAGAAUUUUCCCUUCAGUUAAAAUUUAACUCUUUAUAAUAUUAUAAUUUGGGGAACAUCUUUAUUCAAAUGACAAUAUGUUUAAAAGAAAGGCCUCAGA